GUAGGUGGAGCCACCAUAUUCCUGUAGUUAUGGAGGAUGGUUGAUUUGCUUAUUGUGAUUCUAUGCCCAAAUCAAUCCAUCUAUUUCUUUUCCUGCUUGCUACAUGUUCUUUUUUAGUUUGCUUGUAUUAUAACGAAAUCGAGAAGAAUGUGAGUCGAAGAUUUGGGCCCCAUUUGUUGGGCUCUAAUCUUCGAAACUUGCGCUCAAGUGAAGAUAUCUCGGGAUUGACAGGUGCAGUGCUCAACAAUGUCACGCCCUCAGCAUCUGUUCAACAUGGCGAUGAAUACCAGAAUAACUCUGCCCUUACUUACUACAGUGCCAAUACCAAGAAUGCCAAUGUUUCGUCGACGGAAGCCAUUCAUCUUGCUGUGAUUUUCUGUAACGUUGGACAAAAGGCUGCUCUAAAAUGGAAUUUCAAAAAAAUGACUCGUUCACUCAUCAAACUCUGCUCCAAAAACAUUGCUUUGCAUUUUCAUUUGGUAACUGAUCCAAGUAGCUGGGAAAUAGCCAAAGAGAUUAUUCAUAAUGAAUCAAAGAAAACUCAAAUCAAUAUACAAGUAUCAGCCUAUUUUAUAGACUCUUUCGUCAAGCAGUUUGUCACCACUGUUCAAGUUCUUCAGCAAUAUUUUAGUGUUAAACAAGGGACUUAUUACAGUCAAGCACUGUUCUAUGUAUCUGUGCAACUACCAGAUAUUAUCCCUUCUGAUGUUACCAGACUCAUAUUUGUGGAUGUGGAUACAGAGUUCCGGGACAGCGUUGAAAAGCUCAACCAGCAAUUUGAAUACUUUGAUGAUCAGCAACUGCUUGGAUUAGCUCCUGAAUUGUCACCAGUUUAUCGCCAUAUACUCUAUGUUUACCGGAAUCAACACAAGACUUCAUUACUAGGAGAACCUAAAGGAAAAGGCUUUCCUGGCUACAAUAGUGGAGUGGUGUUGAUGAAAUUAGACAAAAUGAGGCAGUCUGUCAUCUAUCAGUCACUCCUCACUAAUUCUUCACUAGGUAACUUGACAGACAAGUACAGCUUCAAGGGACAUUUGGGUGAUCAAGAUUUCUACACACUUGUUGCAUUGGAAUAUCCUCAAUUAUUUUAUACACUCCCUUGUAACUGGAAUAGGCAAUUGUGCCAAUGGUGGAAGUCAAAAGGCUAUGAUGACAUAUUUGAUCAGUUUUAUGAAUGUAAAGGUUUUAUCAGUUUGUAUCAUGGGAACUGCAACAGUCAAAUUCCUGAUGCCAAUAAUUAAUUUGCCAAUUCAUGUUUAGCUUAACACAUUUGCUCUCUACUGGUGCCAUAUAUAUAUUUCAGAAAUUAUACAAGAUAUGCUUUAUCUGGUUAAA